AUGAUCGAUUUCAUGGACUACAUCGUCCACGCCUUCGGGACGUCGACCGACUGGAACCCAGACAACAGCUAUUCCUCCCUCACGGCGACGUCUGACGCUCUACUCUCCUUUCAGACUCCCUCCACCUUGUCCCUGCAUAUCUCUUCUCUAAGCACACCGAACUUUGCGUCCUCAUACACGCUGUCGACAUUGGGACAGAUCGAUGGCUCAAUAUCAUAUCUCUACUCGAGCGUUGCGCUGGGCCACGUACCUUCGGAAGCACCGACUAUACCACUCAAGUCCCUGACGAAGGGCUAUAGAGAAGUAAGGUUGCCUGUGCCCGUCGUGCAAGGAGACAAGGACAGGACCAAGUUCUUCGCUGAAGAUGGGCGCAAACCAAUCCUGCUUCACGCGACCUUGGCCCUUCCCCCUCCUUCAAUCCUAACAGCCUUGUAUGCCCGGCGGAUCAACCCAGAGACAAUCCUCUCGCUGUCCCUCUACAGCCAAUCGACGACAAAGCCAACUGUCAAUUCUGGUCCGCCUCCAGCUUCGGUACUCGCGCAUCUACAGCAUGACAACGGGCAAUACUCUAUAGAAGGACUAGGAUCGACAGAUAACGGCCUGCUAGGAGUGCGCGGUCUCUGGAACUUUGGAGUCGGUGCUCUGAAGCCACCCGACAAUGUGGCCUCACCGCGAGAGGUCACAGAGGAUUUUCGCCCAACAUUAUCCCAGACCGACUCCCUCUCCGCCUACCGCAACCGGCUGGCAUCCAAGCCGUCGCUCCUCUCCGCCGGCGCCGAAUUCUACUACAGCCCAUUUUCCCAUGUCAUCGGCCUCUCGACAGGCCUCCGCUUCACGACCCUCGCACCACACAUUACGCCUACAGAACCUCCUGCCUCGACAGGCAAACCUCUCGCCGGCACGUCUGCCUCCCUCCUCUCCACGGCAGGACACACUCUCCUAACCCCCUCGAACGUCCCGCACUCCUCCUUCCCCUACACCAUGACCCUAACAGCCACGCCCCUCACCGGCUCGAUUUCAUCAACCUACUCCGUCCGCCCGACACCCUACCUGGCCCUCUCCUCCCGCUUCGACUUCAACUUCUACUCCUGGGAAUCGCGCUACGUCGUCGGCGGCGAGCUCUGGCGCCCUCAAAAGCGUGAGCGUGAGCGCCACUCCGCCACCGAUUCCGAGACAGAUCCCAUCCACUGGGCCCGCGCGCUCACGUCGGACUGGUUCACCCCCGACGAGCGCGCGCUCAAGACAUCGCGCCAGGACCGUGAAGAGGAAAACGUGCUCAAAUUCCGCGUCGACGACACGUGGAGUGUCAAAGCCCUCUGGACCGGACGGGUUAAGAGCCUGCUCGUCGAGGUCGGCGUGUCGGUCAAUCCGGUCGCGCAUCCUCUCGGUGCCCUAGGGAGCGAGAUUGUAAAGCCGGCUUCGCUGGAGGGAAUGGCGAUUGGGAACGGAGGUGGGGGUGGAGGUGGCAUGAAGCGAUGGACGGGCAACGUGGGCGUGAGUGUCGCUUAUUCGACUUGA